ACACGGCAACCACCCCGCAUCAUACACGCAUAGUAUACGCAACCGCAGCCCACCCGUACCUCCCCCGCCGCCCCAACAGCCGCCAUGGCCUCCGAGGCUCGCAAGGCCGCCGCCGCAGCGCGCCCGCCUCCCCGCGACUUCCUCGCCCACCUCGAGGACUACCUCGCCCGCCGCGACGGCGUCGACAAGCUCCUCAAGAUCUCACGCUACGCCGCGCGCCUCGCCCUCGCCGCAGGGCCGCUGCCCCCGCCGGCCUCCGCGCGCCUCAAGUCCUUCGAGUCCAGCCUCGGCCUCAGCCGCAAGGCCUUCCGCCUCGGCAAGUUCGUCCAGGACGUCAACGCCCUCCGCGCGCACCCCGGCCCCCUCCCUCCGCCCUUCGUGCUCCUCGCCUACGGCGGCGAGGGCGUCUACUACUUCAUCGAGCAAUUCGUCUGGCUUGCCAAAGCUGGCCUCCUCCCGGCGCACCUCCUCCCCCGCCUCCAGCGCCUCAGCGCCUGGGCCGAGCUGCUGGGCUACGUCGGCUCCAUCACCAUCAAGCUGGAAGAGGUGACGAAGAUGGAGUCUUCGAUCAAGAUGCGGCUGGCGGAGGGUUGUGGGGAGGAGAACGAGGCGGUGAGGACGAUGCGGGGGAAGCUGCUGCUGAAGCGUCUGUCCGUUGUGCAGGACGUGGCGGAUGCCUUCAUGGCGCUAGGGGACGUGACUAACGGGAAGGGGUUGCUCGGUAGUUCCACGCUGACGGCGUCCGCCGGAUUGCUGUCGGCGCUGAUCAGCACGCACAAGAACUGGAAUUCUUGCUGAAGUCCCAAGCAAUUCUGUCUCAUGAUUGAUUGCCAUAUAGGCGUUAUCAUUGGUCUGUAAAUCAACCAACCUGCUGCAUAAGUUUUGCAAAUCGCUGUUCCAGCUGGCCAACUUGGCAUUGUUGGUCCCAAAUGCAGAAAUGCUUGAGAUGCGGCUUUGCUCAAGAUUAUAUGAACUGUUGGAAAUAGUUUCAGUUUGAGAUGAAAGAACCUUACCUCUUUCCUACCCAGUGGAUCUUGAGAACAAAAAACUUAUAGUUAGAUAGAUGGCUGUGAAGCACGUCGUGUGCCCCAGCUCUAUGUAACACGGUCCUGGAGGGAAAAACAUUGUUCAGGUGAUCUAUUUUCAGCCCACUGUUGAGGCUUAAAAACAUAUAUAUAGCUGUAAAAGCAUAUUAGUAUUUGCUUAUAUUUUGACAGCAGCACGGUAGGUAGAUUGUGGAGAAACAGUUUACUACCUCUCGUGAUGGAUUGCCAUAUAUAUAGUCGUCCCUGUUGAAACCUGUCAACCAGCUGCAGAAUUUUGGCUAUUGGUGGUAGUGUACGCUCUAGAGGCAGGUUACAAGUGGACAGCUGGGCGCUGCUGCUAAAUGGUUGGGACGCGGCUGUGAUCAGUGAGUGAGCUAGAUCGUGGACUGCUAUAUUAGUCUUGAAUUGAAUCAAUAUAAAACAUUACUGCUUUCCUGUCCAGUAGACCUUGCAGUUAUUUGGAAGUUAGUAGAUGUAAGAGCAAGAGCCAGAAUUGUUACCACUAGUAAAAAAAUCCGUCUCUGAAGCAAAGAGUGCUGCCUAAACUAUGGGAUAUGGAAUGGGAUUGUUGGAAUCUCAUAAGUCUGGUUGCAUCAGAGAGUAUCCGUCCCUGUCUGUCUCUAUUUGUGUGCAACACAGCCUGUGAAGGAAUGGAACACAGGAAAGCCGCCCGAUCCCCAGGCCACCACGAGAUGACGAUGAUGAUGGAUGGGCAGGGCAGGUACCACCGAAUCGAAUUUUGCUGCCGAGUCACGGACACGUCAGGCGCCCAUGGCACCACUAUGCCAGGCCCAGUUCGGCCGAUGCGCUGCCUGAUACGAACGAAAUCCACCGAAACCAAAGGAGCAGUCCAGCCAGCUGGGUUACCAGCGGCGCAAGCGAAAAUAAGCAUGUGAACGGCCACGAUGGCGCCGCGGUCGCGACGCGGGCGACUAGUCCAAGCAAAAGCAGCACACUCCCACGCCAACGCCA